CGAAAAAGCUGUCAAGAUCAAAAUUAAAUAAUUAAACAAUUAUGUCAAAAAAUUAUUAAUAACUCUUUCCGUACAGCAAUAGCUGCUGUAACAAUUCCAUAACAAAAGGAAGAAGGGUACAGAAUGAAGGAACAAUGAUAACGUCAUGCUGCGCAAUCUUACUACAAAAUGGAACAGUUUAAAAAAAAUUAGGACGACAAUGUUUCGUCCAUUGUAUAAUCCAAGAACUUAUUCGGAAAGACGUCGAAGAACCGGCACUGGCCGAAAAAGAGACAUUUUUGAAGAAAAGGGGGCGGCUAGUGAAGACGAAUAUUUCCGAAGGGAAACCGCGAGACAACUACAAGAGCUCAGAGAGAAGCAAGAGCAACUUAAAGAAGAAAAGAAGAAUAAAAAAGCAAAGGAAAAUGAUAAAGCAACGGAAAAAGAAAAGUAAAAGCUCGAUUAAUCCAAUAAAACCAAAUAUAAGAGACAAAAAAAUAAUGAAAUACAUAGAAAUAUAUUACAGUAAAAC